CUUGCGAAUCCUGGAAGUGGAUCGAAAGGAAAAAGUCUUGACCGCUUGACGACCCAGAAGUGCCCACGUUGUUGGCCCUAGCCACACCUCCAGAUACCUAAGAACAGAUCCUCGAGUGGCGCCGCUGCUGCAAAUUAUUAUUACCAUCACUCAUUCUCCCCUCUCACCUCUCGCUCUCUUCUCCAUCUCCCUCCCGAUUCCCCCUCCUACCAUCUAUUCACCCCCGCAUUUCAGAUUUCCGUCACAAUGUCUGUCGUCGGUAUAGAUUUUGGUGCCCAAAGCACCAAGAUUGGUGUCGCCAGAAACAAGGGUAUUGACAUUAUUGCCAACGAAGUCUCCAACCGACAGACACCUUCCCUUGUUGGAUUCAGCGCUAGAAGCAGACACAUUGGUGAAGCCGCGAAGACACAAGAGACCUCCAACCUCAAGAACACAGUUGGAAACCUCAAGCGCCUGAUUGGCCGCGCUUUCAGCGACCCCGAGAUUCAGAUCGAGCAGGAAUACAGCGUUGCACAGCUUUGUGACGUCAAUGGCCAGGCCGGUGUUGAAGUCAGCUAUCUGGGCAAGAAGGAGAAGUUCUCUGCCAUCCAGCUGGUCGCCAUGUAUCUGACCAAGAUCCGCGAUAUCACCUCCAAAGAAUUGAAACUCCCCGUCACAGAUGUCACAAUCAGUGUUCCCGCUUGGUUCACCGACAUCCAGCGUCGCGCUAUGCUCGAUGCCAGUGAGAUCGCCGGUCUUAAGGUUCUUCGACUGAUCAACGACACCACCGCUACCGCCCUUGGAUAUGGUAUCACCAAGCUUGACCUUCCUGGCCCUGAGGAGAAGCCCCGAAGGGUCAUGUUUGUCGAUAUCGGUUACAGUGACUACACUGCCACUAUCGUCGAGUUCCGCAAGGGUGAACUUAACGUCAAGGCCACUGCCUGCGACCGUCACUUUGGUGGUCGUAACUUCGACAAGGCCUUGACUGACCACUUCGCCGAUGAGUUCAAGGAGAAGUUCAAGAUUGAUAUCCGCACCAACCCCAAGGCCUGGGCCCGUACCCUUGUGGCUGCCGAGAAGCUCAAGAAGAUUCUGUCUGCCAACACAGUCGCUCCUAUGAGCAUCGAGUCUCUCAUGGAAGACAUUGAUGUUCGCGCUAUGGUCAAGCGUGAGGAGCUCGAGGACAUGGUUAGGCCUUUGUUGGACCGUGUUACCGUUCCUUUGGAGCAGGCUCUCGCGGAAGCUAAGCUCAAGCCCGAGGACAUCGACUUCGUCGAGAUGGUUGGAGGCUGCACUCGUGUCCCUGCCAUCAAGCAAGCGGUCAACAAGUUCUUUGGCAAGAACCUUUCCUUCACACUCAACCAGGAUGAAGCCAUUGCCCGUGGAUGUGCUUUCAGCUGCGCUAUUCUUUCCCCCGUUUUCCGUGUCCGUGACUUCUCCGUUCACGACAUCGUCUCCUACCCCAUCGAAUUCACAUGGGAGCAGUCUCCCGACAUUCCUGACGAGGACACCAGCCUUACCGUCUUUAACAAGGGCAACGUUAUGCCAUCAACCAAGAUCCUCACCUUCUACCGCAAGCAGCCUUUCGACCUCGAGGCUCGCUAUGCCAAUCCCGAGGCGCUUCCUGGCAAGGUUAACCCAUGGGUUGGUCGCUUCUCUGUCAAGGGAGUCAAGGCCGACGCCAAUGAUGACUUCAUGAUCUGCAAGCUCAAGGCUAGAUUGAACUUGCACGGUAUUCUGAACCUGGAGUCCGGAUACUACGUUGAGGACGUCGAGGUUGAGGAGCCUGUUUCUGAGGAGGGCGAGAAGAAGGACGGUGAUGCCAUGGAAACUGACGCGGCUGAACAGCCCAAGAAGACCCGCAAGGUCAAGAAGCAGGUCCGCAAGGGCGACCUUCCCAUCUCCAGCGGUACUGCUCAGCUUGAGCAAUCUCUCAAGGACACAUGGCAAGAGCGCGAGAACUCCAUGUACAUGGAGGACAAGCUGGUCGCCGAGACUGACGAGAAGAAGAACGAGCUCGAGGGUACCAUCUACGAGCUGCGUGAUAAGAUCGAUGGCGUCUACGCCGAGUUCGCUAGCGAGGAGGAGAAGGAUAAGCUGCGAUCUAAGCUGACCGAUUUAGAGGACUGGUUGUACGAGGAUGGUGAAGAUGCUACCAAGUCCGUUUAUGUGGCUAAGCUUGAUGAGAUCCGCUUCGUUGCCGGUCCCAUCAUCCAGCGCCACCGCGAGAAGCUCGAGGCCGAGCGCCAGGCUAUUCUGAAGGCCCAGGAAGAGGAAGCUGCGAAGAAGCGUGCUGAGGAAGAGGCUAAGCGCAAGGCCGAGGAGGAGGCCAAGAAGGCCGCCGAAGAGGCUAAGAAAGCAGAGAACCCCGACGCUGAAAUGAAGGACGCUCCUAACGAGGGCGAAGCCGCCCCCGAAAACGCGGAUGCCGACAAGCAGUAGGCGGCCCGUCGAAUAAUCCACCCUUCUCAGUCAGUGAGACGAUAAUCGCCAUGAAUUACUCAAUUUUGUCGGGUUACUCUAUUAUACCUUUUUUCUCCAAUCCAUGAAGCUACGGCAGUAAAACGAUACUCAUUUUAUCUGUUUCUUGAUGAACCCAUUUCAUACGAGAUGCUGUGUACUGGAUCAAGCUGCAGCCACGCAUCGUGAUGACGAGAUGGACGGAUUAGAUCGGGCAUGUGGAUAGACUGUCGGCGAAAAGUUUAUAAGCUCGCUAAUACUAGAGGAUUUAAUACCUUG